AUGACUUCCUACGAGACUGCGACUGCGAACCAACCCACCUCAGACGCUCACUAUGAUAUAUCAAAAUUUGAGCGAUCAAGAGUUUCGGAGCCAACGGUAAAACUGAUCCAGGACCUGAGUGCGGCUUCACAGAAGGAUGUUAAGUGGUGGGAGGUGGGAGCUGCACAAUACCGCCGACUAAGAGCGGAGGGACAGACAGCCUUUCCGCCUCCUGUCUUGUUGGAUCGAGCGAUCACCUUGAAGAUACCUUCACGUCAGCCCGGCAGGGAUAUCGCAUGCCGGGUGAUCAAGUCUGCCAAUGAUAGUGUCAGAGGGGUGUUCCUCCAUUUUCAUGGAGGUGGAUUUGUUCUUGGAUCGGCCAAAGGGCAAGAUCUCCUUUUGAGCUAUAUGGCUGAAACGACCGGUUUGGUUUUCGUGUCGGUCGAAUACAGACUUGCACCUGAAUAUGUUUACCCAGCUGCGAUCGAGGAUUGCGAGGACGCGGCAGACUGGCUUGUUGCCAACUCGGCUGAAAAGUUCCAGGGGGAGCUUUGUUUUCUCGGCGGAGAGUCUGCCGGAGCCACACUUGCUGCUUCGACGAUAUUGCACCUCAAGAGGCGCGAGGCCCAUGGAACCAUCAGAGGAGUCGUGCUCAAUUAUGGGUGCUUUGACUUCUCAAUGCUUUCCUCAAUUCGACUGACUCCUGAUGGCACCCCAAUUCUUGCCUCGCAGGAUGCUCAGAGGUUUCUGGAUACUUACCUGAACAAUAUGUCCUGUGAGGAUCGUAAGAAGGGUAAUGUAUCGCCCUUAUACAAUGAUUUGACGGGGUUGUGUCCUGCGAUAUUUAUCGUCGGUACUGAAGACGCUUUAGUGGAUGACUCGGUGCUGAUGUAUUUCCGAUGGUUGAGAUCGGGAAACGAGGCAGUGCUGAAAUUCGUCACCGGAGCUCCGCACGGGUUCAUGGUGUUCGACGGCUCGGUAGUCCAGGUGGCUGAGACUGGAUGGCGAGAUAUGGUAGAGUUUCUUCAGUUCCAAUUGGAAAAGGAACGCCAUUAG